AUGGCGUUGCUGGCUGCGCGUGGGCCGCAGCAUCCCCCGCCAUCUCAAUCGGAGCGCGAUCGCAUCCGAGAAUUAUCAAAGUACUAUUGCACGUUUAAAGAACAUGAUACACAUGAAUCGUCCGGUCGGGAUGCCCCGGUGGGUGACGAGCAGCCCGGUGCUGCGUACCUCUCCCCCGAUGUCACACUAAACGCCCUGAGCCAACUGGGCGUCUAUCGAUUUGGGUGUAGUCGAUCGUUUGUUUCCAUUAUCGAUGAAGAAAACCAACACCUUCUGGCUGAAACUACCGCGUCCAUAUCCUUACGGCAUAGCGACCAACAUCUGCCGAAUGAUGGCAUAUAUCUAGGAUUCAGAACGCUGAAUCUUGCUUGGGGAGUGUGCCCGCAAACAAUCAAGUUGUUUACUGCCCAGGACACUUCGUUGGAGGUGGAUACCCCGAACAUAACAGCCAACACUACUCGUUACAUUAUCCGGAACUUUGCCGACGAGGAAUGUUUUAGGAAUCGUCCUUACGUGGUUGGUUGGCCACAUAUGAGAUUCUACGCGGAAGUGCCUUUGUUCAGCGCAUCGGGGCAUGUGUUGGGUUCUUAUUGUGUGGUAGACGACAAGCCGCGCGAUGUAUUUGGGGAUCAAGAGGUUGCUUUAUUGCAGGAAAUGGCGGAUGCCAUUGCUCAGCAUCUCGAAAACGCACGAAUCGUGCAUUUCCACCGUCGAGCCGAGAAAUUGGUCAAAGGAGUGACUGAUUUUGUCAGCAACAGUGCAGACCCUGAUGGCGACUCAGCAGAAUCAACUGCCACACUCUCUGGUCUUCCGGUUCGCAACAAGUCAGCUGAUGAUAGCGAUCAUGAUGGAGCGCCGUCGACACAGGCUGUCAUGGAUUUGGGGUCAUCGAGGACCACAGAAGAGUCAUUAUUAACCUCUCGCACUGACAUGUCCGAAAAUACUGAAAUCACUUCUUUGCCUUCCAGUCUUGGACAACUCAUGGCAAUGACACCACAACAAGAGAAUCCUCCCGCAACUGAUGAUACCGAUUCUCGCACAUCACAGGCUCAGUCGAGUGUAGCCAUCUCCAGGCGAAUUUGUUCAAUUUUUACUCGCGCCAGUGCUAUCCUCAGGGAUUCUAUGGACCUUGCUGGGGUGGUAUUCAUGGAUGCCUAUCAAAGCAAUUCUGGAAUUGAAUCCAUUGAUGGAACACCUCGCCCACGCGAUGGAGAAUCAUCGCAAAGAUCGGAAAAGCUGUGCAAUACCUUUGGAUGUGCCAUUAGAGCCUCGUCAGAAGCCGACACCAGCACCAAUUCCAGUGUCACGUUGACGGAAGUCCUCCUGAAAAAGAUGAUCGCAGCCUAUCCAAAUGGACAGAUAUUUGACACAAGCGCUGAAAUUCAGGAAAACCAGUCCGCAGCAUCGCAAAAUCUUCAUGAUAUUAGUUCGCAGCUAGCUACACAGUUUCCAGAUGCAGAGUCGGUUCUGUUCAUUCCACUCUGGGAUUGGAACAAGUCACGCUGGCUCGCGGGAACGCUGGUCUGGACAGUCAAACCUCAGCGUGUCCUGGGCCUGGAAGAGCUGGGGUUCUUCAGGGUAUUCAGCAAUUCAAUUAUUUCUGAAGUUGCCAGAGCUGAAUGGGAUGCGGCGGAAAAGUCGAAGUCCGAUUUCAUUUCGUCCAUUAGCCAUGAACUUCGUUCGCCACUUCACGGAUUGCUUGGUAGCCUUGAACUUCUGCAGGGAACGAAGCUUGAGCCGGCUCAAGCAGAUAUGCUCAAGAUUAUUGAAUCCUGCGGUUUAACGCUAUUAGACGUGCUGGACCAUCUCCUGGACUUCACCAAGAUCAACAACCUGAGAGGCGGUGACAACCCAAAGGACACCAUUUCAAAGCUAAGUACCAAUGUGGACUUGGGCACUCUCAUAGAGGACGUGUCUGGAAUAUUGUAUACCUCGCAAACGACGGGGGAUAAGAAUAAACCCCAGUCUGAAGCCGAAGUAUUUUUGAGUUACGCCAACCGCUCAUCAAACGCCAGAGACAUGGAUAAUCUUGAUGUUGUCGUUCGAAUCGAUACCCAGAAUUCAUGGAAGGUACACUCGGUAGCUGGUGCUUGGAGAAGAAUUGUUAUGGGUCUUGUUGGCAAUUCUAUGAAAUGGACUCAGCAAGGUGUAAUUGAAGUGUCAUUGUCAAAUGUCGGCGCUGACUCUGACUCUGACCCUUUACUGGCUCGCUUGUCAGUGAUGGAUACGGGGAGUGGCAUAUCCCCCGACUAUCUUAGACACUCGGUUUUUUCACCAUUUUCCCAAGAGGAUUCCCUUUCGGAGGGUGUUGGACUUGGUUUGAGCCUUGUACACAAGCUUGUUACGUUCCUUGGUGGGCAUAUUGAUAUCAAGAGCGAAUUGGGGGUUGGAACCCAAGUGGAUGUCUAUAUUCCAGUCCAUCCUGUCGCCAUGGAAUCUCCAAAUAUAUCCAACAAGCUGGCGGAAUCACAUCCAGCCACCCGGGUAUGUCUCAUCGGCUUUCAGGGUUAUCCAGAUCUAGAGGAGAUACCCACCGGCAUUCUAAGCACGGAAGCGAAGCGAAAAUUGUCUAUUCGAAGCACCAUCAACAAUGUGAUAUUGGCGCACCCCAACUGGGGUAUCACAUAUGCAGAGUCCGCCGAAAACUUCGAUGGUGAUUUCGCGAUCAUUGAAGAAGCCACUUUGCAGCGGAUGUUGCAAGAAGAACCUUCCAUUCCGUUCCAUUCUAAGUUCAGGUCUUUGAUCGUGCUAGGCACGAGGAUUCUCAUUGACAGAAAAAAGCUCAAGGCAAACUUCGUUCGCAUCCCUCAACCAUAUGACUCACGGAAAAUACGGGACGCUAUUAAGUCGAUCUCAACCGGCCCAGGGCCGUUGGAAAGCGACCAAGAUCCAGAUACCGUACAAAGUCCAGAGGUUGUCCAGGAGAGCCAAUCACCGAAAGGCCCCGAUGCUUCAAAUGAUACGCAGCGGAGAUCUGUAUCUCCACCACCGGCUCCACGGGCAUCUGAACCGCCUGCUGGUGCCUCAGAGCCCCCAAAGACUGACCAAGAGGGGUUGCACGUCCUAGUCGUAGAUGAUAACAACAUCAAUCUGAAGCUCAUAAGUACAUUUGCUCGCAAGCUAGGCUGUACCUAUGAAUCUGCUGCGAAUGGAUUGGUAGCGUUGGACAAAUACAAAGAGAGCGAGAAAAAGUUCGACUACGUUCUCAUGGAUCUUUCCAUGCCGGUGAUGGACGGCGUCACUUCCUCGAGCAAGAUCCGCGAGCAUGAGAAAGAGAAUAGCCUUCCCCCAACCUGCAUUAUGGCAAUCACUGGAGUCGCAUCCGCUGAGAUGCAGCAGCAGGCCAAGUCAGCGGGUAUUGAUGACUAUUUAGUCAAACCAGUCUCCCUAAGGGCCCUGAAAAAGGUGAUGAACAUAACAUAA